CACGAGCAGGAUAGAGUGGGCGUGGCGUCAGGCUCGGCGAGAGAGAAAAGCAAAACAAUCAUUUUUAUCCCCUCUUACCGGCUGCUUUUAGGGUCCGUAGUGAAAUACACUCUCGACAGGGAGUCGUAGUCCACGCAAUACUGUUAAAUGCAUCUUAUCCCGCUCAGCACUAAAAUCGACCGAGCGCUGGUGGUUUUGCUUUAGUCAGAUUUGAUCCAGUGUGAGAAUGACUUCCAAGCGGCUCCUCGAGCAGCCUCGAGCCGGCGACAGCACGCGUGAGGGGGGCGAGCCUGUCACCGGGAGAGCGUUCAAAACACACGCGCCGGACGAAGGUGCUUUAAGGAACUCUGGCAAGGAAAUCUCUCCAAAUGGACAUUAUUAUACCCCAACGAGAGAGAGGCACUACAUUCAUAAGAAAUUUGCAUGUGGCAGAGAGGAGGACGAACAGAGCUCAGGUGGGGUCCUUAAACAUGGCUGCCCUGCUAAUCGCCUGAUCCUGAAUGGCUUCAGGCUACAAGACCAAACCCACAUGGAGGCCCGGAGCCCAGUGAGAGGGCCAGGGGAGCCAGGGUGUCGCCUGCCGUCUCCCGAGACACCGCGCCCGCACAUGUCCUCCAUCAUCCCUGUCCCACAUGACAGGAGGCCUUCUGGUCUUGCUGAUAAAGAGGUGAUGGCUGCCACCGUCCUGACCACACUGUCCACCAGCCCGUUAGUGCUCAACCCUUCCUCCAGUGCCUCAGGUGCAGAUUUGGCUGGUAAGGGCUGGAAGGAGAGCCUGUCUGCCAGCUACAGCAGCUCUACCAGUGGGAACUGGAGCUGGGAUGCCAGCGACCAAUCGGUGCCCUCCACGCCGUCCCCGCCCCUCUCCAACGAUGCCGGCAAGAGCUUCCUGCUUUCCUCCCAGAGUGAUGACAACAUUGAGGAAACCGAGAGUACACACUUCCUGUUUGAGGACCACAUCCCCCGAAAAAGAAAGAACUCCAUGAAGGUGAUGUUUAAGUGUCUGUGGAAGAACUGUGAAAAAGUCCUCAGCACUUCCUCAGGGAUCCAGCGCCACAUCCGCACCGUGCACCUGGGGCGAAAUGGAGAUUCUGACUACAGCGAUGGCGAGGAGGAUUUCUACUACUCUGAAAUCGAGGUGAACAUGGACACGCUUUCGGAGGGGCUGUCCAACCUCACGCCCACGUCACCUACUACGUCCGGCCCGCCCCCCGUCUUCCCCAUCUUGACUUGUGAUGCGUCUCGAUCUGAGCCCGCCCACAUGAUCCACACCCCACUCAGCCAAUCAGCACCGUCGGCGCUGUGCCAUAUCCGCACUGACCACGCUUACCAGGCUACAACCCCUGUCAGCAUUCCCAGCAUGCCCUCUGAUCCGCCUCACAGUGAGGAUAGGAUUAGUGUAUCCUGGCAGUCGCCCCCUGUCAUAUAUAAAGCUCUACCGGGCCCGAUGACUCAGAUCCGCACUGUUAGCAUCGGUGAGAAGAGACAGCCUGUUAACCACACCACUGUCAGCAAAACACACGCCAGCACCACCUCCACUUCCAAACCCACUACUGGAACCAGGAAACCGCGUGGCGAAGCCAAGAAGUGCCGAAAGGUGUACGGCAUGGAAAAGAGGGACCUGUGGUGCACAGCGUGCCGCUGGAAGAAGGCCUGCCAGCGCUUCACUGACUGAGCUUCAUCCUUUACCGCACUUCAAAACGUGCUCUUUUACUGCGGCUGUUCCACGGACUGAGCGCCGGUGUCUCUCAGAGUGAGCUUCAUGAGCUGAGAUGUGUCCGUCUGAAGCAUGUGGCCUUUUUAAUGUCACUGAUUCCUCCAGGCCACAAGGGGUGCUCUUUUCUUACCGCUUCCAUAGUGGAACACUGAGACUGAUAAAAAGCAAAAAAAAAGAGAAAAAAAGCUUUUGCUGCAUUGCAUAUUAAGGCAAAAAGAGGCUUUUCUUAAGUAAUCCAGAAACGAAACAUUCAAAGCAGAUUUUCCAGGCAGUUUAUCAUACCUUCAUGUUUUGCGUGCAUUCUGUGGAAUACAGCUAACGAUUUUUCAGGAUUUUAAGUGUGGCAGACUUUAUACAUAGCAGUUUUUUACUGUUAAAAACUCCCUAAGCUAUUUUUGAUGGGUAUUAUUGAGUAUUUUAAACAGUUAACCCUCUUAAACCUGGUUGCACUUACCGAGCAACUCAUCAUCAUUUAAGCUUCAAACAACUUCCAAAUCAAACUGUUUCUGGACUUACCGCUUCGUUUUGCCUACAAGCACUUUUUAACGGCCAUCUCUAUUCUGAUCAAACAGAGUACAGUUUAGCAUCGCAUCAGAAACGGUGCGUUGAGCGUUUUAGCAAAUAGUCAAGAACUGUUUCAACACGUAUUGCUAAAGUAAUACCUCUAAACGAGAAUGAGCCUUUAGUGUACUUCAGCGCGAGCAGUUGUAGUGCAGGAAUGUAAACUGGCCUCUCUCUGCGCUAACACACCCAAACUAUUCUGUCCCUCACAGAUCAACUGCCUCUUCAUAAGCUAUGAGGUUUAUUCCUGCCAGUCCACAGUAUUAAUUUAAUGGCAGGCACUUUAACCGAGUUAACAGACGAUCUGCUGUCGAGGGAAGUCAUCCCAGUCUAAUGUGAUCCAGAAAUCGAGUGUUUUCUACACAAACACAGCGAAUUCGGCCCACAUUAUGCUUCCUAAGGAAUUAUUUGCUUUUCAUUAUUCACGUAAAAAAAACGCUUGCUCUGAUAACGUGUAGACGUCUUCCACUGUGCUUGCUUUUUUUUCACAUGGAGGUGAUCAUGUGUUGUCUUCAUGUAACGGUGUGCACUGUGCUCUCUGACCCUCUGAGCUGUUACACUGCAAACUAAACAUAUUUGUUGUGGAUUUUUGUCUCGUAUACAAAUACCUAAACAUCAAGAUACAUCUGCUUGAGAAUGAAAAUAGCUUGUUUUCUUAAAAAUGUAUCAAAAUUAAGUGUUUAUGCUUAAAAGCAAGAAAACAAAUCUUGUUUUCCCUUCGAAAUUGUUUUUUUUUUCUAGAUUUUUUUCUUCUGGUUUUAAGCAUAAACUCACGUUUAUUAUAUGUAUUCAGAAAAUAAGUCAUGAUAUCGAAGUAAAUGUAUCUUAAUUUAAGGGUGUUUAAAUAUUUGUACUGGAAAUCAAGACUCUCUCUCUCUGUAUAUAUAUAUAUAUAUAUAUAUAUAUUGCAGUGAACCCAUGAAACACUGACAGUCAUUGGACAUUUGAAUGUGUUCUGUAUCUUAAAGGAACAGUUCACCCCAAAAUAAACAUUCUGUCAUCAUUUGCUCACCCUCAUGUCGUUUCAAACCUGUUUGACUUGUGUGAAACAUAAAAAGAUAUUUUAGAAGUAUUUUUUGUCUAUACAAUUGAAGGGCGAGGGGUUUAUAAACAGCAUCGGACCCUAUUUGCUUUUAUUGUAUGGACAGAAAAACCAGAGAUGGCAAGCCAUUUUUCAAAAUAUCUCCUUUUGCAUUCCACUAAAGAAAAAGUCAUACAGGUAUGAAACUACAUGACGAAUGAUUGAGAUUUUUGGGUACACUAUCCUUUUAAGGUAUGUAUAUAAAGAAACAUUUCAAAAAUCUUUAUUUUUUUUUUUUUUUUUUUUUGCAUUUGUUAUUUUGGGGUCAAAUUAUUCCUUAAAAAAGAAAUUUGGUAACACUUUACAAUACGGUUCAUUAGUUACUGUUAGUUAAUGUAUUAACUACCAUGAACGAACGAAGAACAGUACAUUUAUUACAGUAUUUAUUAAUAUUUCUUAAUGUUAGUUAAUGAGAAUACAGUCGUUCAUCAUUAGCUCAUGCUCAUUAGCAGUGCAUUAACUAUUGUUAACGAGCACAACUGUUGAUUUUAAUAAUGCAUUAGUAAAUGUUGAAAUUAACAUUACCUAAGAUUAAUAAAUGCUGAAGAACUAUUGUUAAUUAUUAUUUCAUGUUAACUAAUGUUAACUAAUGAACCGUAUUGUAAAGUGUUAGCAGAAAUUCUAAUCCAACCCAAGCUGGUAGCUUUUUGUUUCAAAAUAUUUUGCAUUAUUUUUCACCUUCAGUGUAUGGGAAUUAAAUCAUGUUUAAGCUUUCAUCAGAUAAACCAAAACUGGGAAUUAAAAUGUAGCAGCUGAACCAUUAAUGAUGGUUAAAAUCAAAGAAACAAUUGGGCAGGUGUGUAAUUGCCAAAUGAUCGAAUACAUUAAAAUAUAUUGUCCAAUCACAGCUUAGAGCAGCUUCGUCUUCUCUUUCCCAGAGGGCAGAAAGGAAAGAGCGUCCCUCUCAUGAGCGUAACUUUCACUAAGUGCCAAUGAGAAGAACAAGAGGGAAAAAAUAUAAUUGCACUAACUUGUACUGCACAAAACCUAUAUUUUUAUGUACCCUUUUUUUACGCAGAAAUUGAAGUUUUUAAAAAGCAAUUGCUUAAUGGUUGCCUGGCGACCGCCGUGGUUCUCUCAUCGGGUCAGGGAUGGGGUCUUUAUUUUUAUUUUUUACUGACCCUGCUACUAUAAGCUUACUUGGCGGUACUUUGCGGCAUCGUGUUGGUUUGGGGCUCUCAGUCUGUCAUGUGACUGCAGGUGACUAUCAUUCAGGCUUGUUUCUGGGGAACAUCACUGUCUUGAUUUCAAAUAAAGAUCGUUUCCUAUGUUCAACAUUGUGUUUUUCUUCAUAGGAACAGAGUCAUUGGAAGAUUGGGAUUUUAAGCAUCAAAAAUCAGGCAGUGAUGCUUCAAAUAUGGCUUUGAUAUGAUAUAAAAUCCAUACUAGAAUGCCUUUUUGUUGUUAAAUGUCACUGUAGUGAAUAUAACGUGUAUAUAUUCAUUGUAUAUUUUGGGUUUAGGGGAAACGGGGGGAAAAGAAGCAUUAACGAAUGUACAAUCUACAAAAUGAAACGCCUGUAAUCUGAGUUCGUUUUAUCGGCUGUCUCACACAAGUUUCUUUCAUUUUCUUUCAUAUCAAGUAGUUAGAGCCACUCGGUGUUUUUUCUUUAGUUUUCAUUUUCAGUUGGCGCUUGCAUUGAUGCGUUUUCAUUUUUUUGUGUAGAUCAUACAUACUAUUGUGAGGCAGGAGGACGUUACUAUGUGGAUCGGUGCGUCAUUCUGUCCUGCACAUUCCGGUAGAUGAUUUCUCGUUAGUUUGUCUGUUCCCCGUUAAUCGAACUUCACUGACUGCCUGUUGCUUUUCAGCCAGGAUAUUAAGCUAAACACCCAAGAAAAUGUGUAGAAACUCCACUUUCUUUCUUUGUAACAUUUUCAGAAUGUUUAAGUGUUCAGAAAGCAUCAUCAUAAUAAUCCUACUAUUCAGUACAGAUCAACUCUUUUGGCCUUGUUUAACUGUUGAGGUCUUGUCAUUGUGUUUGAUGCAUGUCUUGUAUCAUCUUUGUACUUUCUUGCUUUAUUGGAAGCAUUGUUGUUUUUCAGAAGUUGACAGUGCCGUGUCUAGAGUUGAGUGAAUGAACGAGAGGAUGGAGGUGUUUCUGGUGUUGACUUUUGGUCGGUUGGUGAUGAGAGUGUGAUUUCUGUGGCUGUAAUGUGGAGAAUGAAAUAAACAUGGAUUUCAGAAAGA